AGGCGCGGACCCUUAACCUUAUAAGACCAGGCGCGGGGAUGCUCCUAACCACGCUCACCAAACCCCCCGCGCCAUCCCAGUGAACUCACCAACCAAGCAGCACAGACUUGCCGCGGACACCCGCGACACGCCGAGGACUAGCGAGAGGAGCGCAGCGCGCGCGAGCGUCGAGUUUAUUUGUCGGAGCAGCCAGCGAGCGGCCAUGUCGAUGUCGUCGAUGAAGGCGAGCGACCCGGGGUCCGCGUGGUUCGGCAGCGGCGCCCGGACCCCGCCGGCGGGGAUGGGCGGCGGCCACAACGUGCGGCUCAUCACCACGGCCGUCGCGGCGUUCGUGUCCGUGCUCGGCCUCGCCCUCUUCCUCCACCUCUACGUCUGCCACGUCCGCCGCCGGAACCGGCGCCGCGCCGCGGCAGCCGCGGCCGUGCUGCCGACCACGACCGCCGCUGCGGCGAAGUGCGGGCUGGACCCCGCGGCCAUAGCGGCGCUGCCGACCGCCGUGUACGGCGGGGAGGCGGGCGGCGAGCCGGGCGCCUGCACCGAGUGCGCCAUCUGCCUCGGCAACGUGCAGGAAGGGGAGGUCGUGAGGGCGCUGCCCGCCUGCGGCCACGUGUUCCACGUCCCCUGCGUCGACACGUGGCUCGCGUCAAGCUCGUCGUGCCCGGUCUGCCGCGCCGAGGUGGAGCCGCCGCCGAUGGAGGAGGGCGCGGCUCGGCUGGUGCAGGAGAAGCUGCAGGACGCCGUGAAGGAGGAGGCGGGCAGCUGCAGCUCGACGCCGGAGCGCGGGAUCAGUGCCUGCGCGUCGCUGAUGAAGAUGCUGAGCAGGGAGAGGCCGGCGCCGCGGAGGCCACAGAGCGCCGUCCAUGCCGACGACGGGGAGCUAGACGACUUGGAACGUCAGCUGCAGGCAGUGAAUAAUUAAUCUAUUUAUUCUUUUUAAUUUGGUAAUUUUCCUCAUCAUUUGUACAUCCCGCACUUGCGUGAGUGGAGAAGUACUAAGAGAAGUGUGUGAGCUCCUCAUUUUUUUAAUGGAUGUAUGGGCUCAUUGGGAAAGAAGUGAUAUGGUUCCAAUCUACAGUUUAUUUUGUUCAAGUGUGAACAAAAUCCUAAA